AUGGCCUUGCCUUCCUGCCCCCCCUCCAUCGACCCAUUUUCUCCUCCCUUUCCCCCAUCCGUUCCCGCCGAGAACUUCUCCGCUGACCAGCCCGUCCAGGUUCGCUAUCGCUCGGACCAGGAGAGCUUAAGCCUUAAGCCUUGGGAGUCCGUCGGUCCCUCCACGCAGAAGUGUCUCGUUCUCGUUCUCCCUCCGUCCGCGCCUCACUUUAGCAGCGUUUCGCAAGCGCCCAACUCGUCAAGCUCUCUUCUACCUGCAGAGAACUACCGAAAGGGCCGGAAACCAGCAAAAUAG